AUGGAAACUACCGAACUUUUGAUAUCUGAAGUGCAAAAAAGAAGUGUAUUAUGGAACAAGUUUGACAAAAAGUACAGGGAUAGACUUGUUUGUGAUAAGGAGUGGACGAUAUUGGCCAAAAAAAUGAAUUUGGAUAAAGAUGAUGUAAAAAGAAGGUGGAGAAAUCUGAGAGAUACUUUUUUAAAAGAAAAAAAGAAAGUGAAAAAAUGUCGUUCAGGAGAUUCCCAAGAGCAUGCAGAAAUUUAUACGGGAAAAUGGGCUUACUACAAAUCAUUGCUUUUUUUAAAAGACACAACUACGCCAAGGAAUACUGACGGAAAUAUUUCUGACUUAGAGUAUACUCAUCAAGAAAAUUCAGACUUAUUAGAAAAUGACGAUACUGGACAUUUUAGUGAUUCUUAUGUUAUGGAAAACAUAAGCUUAGCAAACAAUCUUGAGAUUGAACAACCUUCACCAAGGCCCGAAUCAGAACUUGAAAUUGAACUAUCUUCAUCAAGACCCGAAUUAGAAACUGACUCUUUUGCUAUUCCUACAACAGUACCACCAAAAAGUUCAAGUGUUUCAGAUGUUUCACGAAGUAGUUCGACAAAACGGAAAAGAGAUAAAGCAAAUAAAGAUUUUGAAAGUGAGUUACUGAAACUGGAGGAACAGAAACUAACUGCUUUACUUCAAUCCAAUAUAAUUCCAGUUAUAAAAGACGAUGAAGAUAUGUUAUUCCUGAAGUCACUUCAUCCAUAUUUUCACACAAUGAAUCCAUUACAAAAACUACGCGUAAGAAACCAACUCCAGACUAUAUUUAUUAAUGAAUUAUCCACCCAAGUACAACAGCCACAAGAACUAUAUGCUUUAUCUGCCUCAUGCAAUAAUAUGUAUUCCACUCAAAAUGAAAUGCAUUAUCGAAAUACACGUAUCCAACAGCAAAUCAACUCAACUGAUAUCGAUAACGAAAGAUACGAAGCUAUACCGGUUCCCAAUUUUAAUUUUUAA